UCUUCUCAGACUUCACAUUUGAUUGGUCGUUAAUUUUACUCAGCCAAUGAAAUCCAUUCACAGAACGAGCUUCAUGGCGCCAACUUGGAAGAGGGAAAUCAGAUCUGAGAAAUCUGUCAAUGAUUAAAUUCGCCGAUGGAGUGGAAAUACGAGAGUAACAAAGAUAAAUAUUCAUCUAGUUAGACUUGAUGAUUUUUGUGAAUAAAGCGUUCUAAAUCACAUCAAGAUGAAUCCCAUGCAGGAAGGAUCGUUUGACAGUGGCUACUUCUCUCCCUCUCGUGUCCAGAUCAAGGUCGAACCAAUGAGUCCAAAUCAACUUCCAAUGUUGAACCCUGACCUUAGUGUUAGUCCCCUCAAAGCAGACGUAUCAGAAAUGGAUGUCGAAAGACCACUGGAAGAUGUCAGUAUUUCUGGCGAUUGGGAAAAAGAUUUCUUUUCAAACUUUGAAGAGAAUUUGUUCAAUUUUGACUUUGAUGACAAGUCAUUAAAUGAUAUUUUAGUGUCGCCAAAAGGAAAAGAGGUGUUAAAUGACUUAAUGAAAUCUCCAAAGGGGAAAGCUAUGUUGAAUUCUCCUAAGGGUAAACUGUUGCAGAAUAAGUUGAAAUCUUUAGAUACCCCGGAGAAUGUGAAGUUACGACGGACAAAUAGUUCCGGGUUUGAUACCAGUCCUAAAGUGUUGUCGCCGUGUGAUCCGAAUAAGAUGUCCGCCACUCCAGGACCUUAUAAUGUGGAUUCAAGAAAUGCAUUGAAAUUAUCUCGGAGAAAGCUUACAAUGGUACUCUCUGGAAAAGAGGACAAAAAACCCACCAAGAAAGUUCGAGAAGUUGCAAUUGCACCUAAGAUUUUUAAUGAAAAUUAUGAGCAAAAAAAACCCACCAAAAAAGUUCGAGAAGUUGUUCAGCCAAAUAAAAUCAUCACAAAACACGUUGCAAUUGCGCCUAAGAUUUUGAAUGAAAAUUAUGAGCAGUGGCCAGCGAAAGAAAAGCUGAAGUACGCUAGGGAUCAAUUCAAGCGCACAUUAGAACUAGCUGUAGAGGCCUCGAGGUCACAGAAAGAAGUGAAAGAGGAGUGUGUGUCACCUCCACGGAAACGCAAACGAAAUUCUCAGAAAGCUGAGAAUUAUCCCGAGCUGAAACAAGCCUUGAAUCGGCGACCGCAGAAAACGAGUUCACGAAAUCGAAUGCCCAGCAUAAAAUUGAGAGAAAGUAAAGAGUCAGAAAUUGAGAUAAAAAAGGAGUUGUCUUCCCCUGCAUCACCCUUUUAUCCCGACUAUGAGGAGGACAUUGAAUACAAUGAUGAUGAAGAGGACUAUGAACAUUUUUACAAAACCUACGUUCCCUUCACAGGACUGAAACAAGCCCAGAGGAGAAAAAAGGCGUGUGAUUAUUGAGCACAAGCUCAGAGGAGAAAGAAGCCGUGUGAUUAUUGAGCACAAGCUCAGGAGAAAGAAGCCGUGUGAUUAUUGAAUGGUAAUCAAUUCAGGAUGUUGUGAUAUAUUGUUGUGCAAAAGCUUACAUGCAUUUCAUGCAAACUGUAAUAAUGGUGGCAGAAAUCUGCAGGCUUUGUUUUAAAUUUUAGAUGUGCAUGUGAGAAACUAGAGAAUAUGUCUUUUUUGAGUUAUUGCAGUACAGAAUUUGUGGUGUUCAAAAGAGUUCAGCAUCAUUUUAUUUGUUAAAAUUUAUAUGUGUUUGGUAGAUUGUUCCAAGCAGAAACAAAUAAGAAAAACUUUAUUACUGGCCACAUGAUUGACAGGAUACUUUUACAGUGUAAUUUAAUAAGUGAUCAUAACUGUAUUUUGUUUACAAUGAAACGAUAUCCCAAUAUCUGGCCAUAGACCAUGAAUAUCUGAAUAUUGCUCGUUUUAUUUGCCAGAUAAGGUGACAUUUGACAGUUUUGUUUGUAAAUACAGUUAUUGUAUAUCCUGACAUUAUGCAGUAUUAUAUAGUGUGAAUUUUAACCCACAGAACCAUGCUAGCACUCAGCUGACAUUUGAUGAAUUCAGACCGUGUACUAAAUCUUGACGUUUGUUGACGGCAUGUUGUACAGUCAUGAAGUAUUUAUACCUGUAUGUCACUAGUCAUGUAUUAACAAAGCUAUCAAAACAAUAACAGGGAAUAUAAUGUUUGAAAAUUUCCAGCACAGUGUAUAUUGAAUUUCAGUGAAACUUGUUUUUUAUCCACAUGUUGUGCAAUCGGAAAUGUUGUGUAAACAUUGCAGCUGUAUCAGCACCUAAGUUCACCACAUUCUGGAUUCAAUCCAAAAACCAUUUCUAACAUCCAGCCUGUCGAGAUCUAAUGAGACAAGUUUCAUUUUAUGUUAAUUUGAGAUGAGCAAAGAAUGUCAUACCCUGGUUGUGUAUGACUACAAGGAAUCUGUGCUUCAAUUCUCAUAAAUUAUGCUUUCUUUCAGGGUCCAUUAAAUCUUCCCACUAGAAAUUGCUCAGUAACUGAAUAUUAUAAACUUUUGCUUUCUGUAUUAUUUUCUGUGCAACACCUUCCCAAACAAAAUACAAAUAUAAAUGUUGAUCCUUACAUUGUGAGGAAGUCCUUUUUUAUCAGUUGUAAUUUUCCGUUUGUAGUCUUUCUGUUAGCAGUCUGAUGUGUUAGCAUGUGGUAUAUUUUUCCGUAGUGCUUUGUUUUCAAGGAAUAACAUUCUGUAUUUAGCUGUGCACCCCCUCCCUCCCCCAAUGUGAUAUGCUGUUUAUGUAGUUUUGUUUCAAGAUUGUACUUGCAAAUGGGCAUCUUUUUAACAAUAGAAAAGAAGGAAAAAAAUUGUAGUCUAGUAUAUGUAGUAUUUAUUUUGUUAUUUAUCUUUUUGUUAUUAUCCAGUUUGAAAUUCAUGCAAUUAUUUUAUCAAUAGGGCUGGACAAUACUAUCAAUAUAUUGCAAAUACAAUAAUAAUCAUUGAAAUAUCACUAAUAUAGUUAUUGUACAUAAGUAUUGAGAACUAUUCAUAUAUGUUACAUGGAUCAUAGUAUGAAAAAAACUGUUGUUUCCUUUUCCGACACCAUGGAAUUAUUUAAAAUAAUGACAUUUAAAUGAUAGCACUAAAGGGACAGACUCAUGAUUUUCCCUCAAAUUUUAUUUUUCGCUUAAAAUGAAGAAAAUCUGUAAGUAAAAAAAAAAGAAGGUUUCACCGCCAAAAAAAUUUAAGGUUAUACAUUAUGACAGAAACUGAUUAUAGCAAGUUAAUUAUUUGUUGUGUAAACAUAGAUUUAGGUACAUGUUAAUGUUUACAAGUAUUGAAAAGGUAAGGUUAUCGAUCACAUUUCAAGUAUUCUUUAGGUAAAAUGUGCCAUUUCAAAGUUAAAAUCUGUGUCUGCAAAAUGAGAAUACUUUAAAUUACAACAUUAAUAUUUUACUAGUUUGUUUGUAAACAUUAACAAGAUUUGAGUCUUGUUUAUGCAACACAGAAUUAAUGCCAAGAUAUUGCUCUUACCCUUGCAUAAAGAAGGUCCAAAAUUUGAGUGUCAACUUUCAAUAUAAGGAGUUAUAUUUUUAAUGUUUAACAUUAAAAAAAAAAAUUUUUUUUUUUCAAAAAAUGUGCACCAGUCUCUUUAAGAAACUUAAUGAACUUGAAGUUCAUUAAAAGAAGUUUAAGAAACUUAAUGCACUUGAGAAAUAGCUAAACAUGCGUUUUUAAACUUUUUAAUAAUAAAACAAAGUAUUAAAAUACCUUAAGUCUUUGAAAUUUUCUAUAAAGGUGGUAUCUUUAUGUUAAGUACUGCAGUGCAUUGUAAGAUACUCCUUACUGUUACAUUGCAAUUAUUCGGAAACCCCAUGCCUUAUUCCUCGUCUCUUUAGGUGUCUUAUUUUUGUGAUCCGUAAUGGAUAAUUACAAUAGUUUAAUUUAUUUUUAUUGUGUCUUGUAUAAACAUUCAAAAUAUGAAGAAAAAAAGUCCAGAAAAUGUACAGAACCAUAGUUGUGCAGUAUGUGUUAAGAUUUUUUUUCUGACUCGGUUCAAGAUUGUAGAUACAUAAAAAUGCCUUGCGUUGAUACCAAGAAAGACAUUGAAUGUUGUGUUACUUCGAUGGAGUAUUUAAAGGAAUAAAUACUUAGAAUGUUUGUAUUACGGGGUUUACAUGAAAAUGAUUAGCAUGGAAUAUUUCGUGUCAUUAGACCACACUUCCAUUGAUUGUAGAUCUCCAUGGUAUAAAAGAACUAGAUAUUUAAUCCUAAUAUGUAUGUAUAUUUUGUAAUAAAACUAUGUUUUAAUUGCAAUUUAUAUAGCUGGGUGUGUUUUUUUUUUAAAUGUUGAGUUGAGAAGUCACUUGUAUGUCACAGUGCCUUUAUCAAGGAAAUAACUAAGAUGAAGAAACAAUGAAAAUUUAUUACAGACAAAACAUUGAUGUAAAUUAAGUCCAAUAAAGCUUGAUAAUGCUG